CUCACAUUUAGAUUGAUUAGACCCUUGGCUUGCGCCCAAGUCCUGGAUUUGCGACUCAUGGGCCAGUGCCCCUCCAACCACUGCCAUCGCGAUCUUUGCCGUGAUUUGCCUGAGGGAGGCUCGGCACCCAAAGCCAAGAGCUCGGAGGGGCAGGACUCCAUCCGACAACGGCUACAUGGAGAUGAGUUGCCUGAGGAACUGGCUGGUGCCCUACUAAGAGCAGUGGCAUCAAUCCAGGCCACACGCCCGGGCAAUCUCAACCUGACGAAAAGUGCGCCUCUACUGAGUCGCGGUGUGCAGACCGAGCCCUUGACGCCCGAGACCGAGGUGCUGCCGGAGCUCUUCUUCGUGCCGGAUGGCGAACCCUGGGAGCUAGUGCAGUCUGACACAGGAAGUGAGCCGGCCUCGGAGGCAGAGGAGGACCAUCUUGGAGGAUUGCAUCCUGCUUGGAGUGAAGAACUCAUGAUGUCAGGGCUCUUGCCAGAACCUCCUCGUGAGCCCGUACUCCUUGACGUUUCCGCGGAUGCCGCGGCUUCCGUGCUUCCUGAGCCCCACGGUGACAGCGCACCGGAGCAGCAGGGGGCCAGUGAGCAGCAGGGCCCUAGCUUGGAGGCGAAAGACCCAGCCGGGGCUCCAAAGGGAGCCCCAACAGAGGCUCCUUCUUCGGGGCCCGCGGCGCCACCCCAAGACGGGCAAGACAAAGGAGAAUGCCAAAAGUUCUUGCUGGAACAUGAGGGCAUUUGGCUCCGAUGCAGCGAUCAAGAUCCAGUCGCGGCCUUAAAGGAUCAGAAGUUGUGGCGGAGAGACGACCCAAAUCCAACACACCUGGAGGCGCUACCAGAUCUGAAAGUUCAAAUUGUUGCCUCCUCGCCAUCGGCCAAUUCUGCGGGGCCUUCCGUGGCGAGCAUCCUUCGUGAAGAGCCUCCGAGGCUGAAGUGGAGUGAUGGCUCAAUCUGGGUCCGAGAAGAGCUGCAGGGCGUGUGGAAGACGAGCUCGAAAGCAAGGUACAGCGUGGUGAUCCGGGGCUGGAAGGUCUAUUGGGAUCGAAAACUGGAGUCCAGUCCCACCCAGCUGUCCAUGGGCCCCAUCUUCCCCAACUGCACGGUGACAAUGCUCCUGGACGCUGGAUGCCAAGGGGUCUACGAUGCGGGCCCUCCAUCCAAGCUGAAAUGGUCGGAUGGGGAAGUGUGGACACGCAGUGGCUUUGAAAAGGCAUCGGUGCGUUUGGAGGGCUAGGAGAGGAGCGGAAGAUGUGGAGGCUGACAGCGUGCGAGUGUUAGAAAACACGGAAAACAGGAUGAGGAUGUUGAUUCCAUGCCGAUUCCAUGCCUUUUGAAUCUUUUGAGGUUCGAAGGCGCUAAUGGUUUCUGUAAGUCUUGAAAACGCAUAUGAACUUGACUCCGUGGGCCCCCGAGACCAUUCUAUACAGAAGUUCGGAAUGCUUUUGAAGGGGCUGUACCUCGUUUAUAUCCCAAGAGCAGUUGGCCGCCCUUCCGACCAAUGGAGAUGGACGUGGAUGCAAUCGACUCCAGUUGGUGCGGAGCGGAUCCCACCAGGUAGCUAAUGGUAGCAGCUGAUGAAUCAGCUGAUUGCAAUGUUUUUCUUCAGCACAUGCUGAACGCUCGAAAUGUACAGGCUUCACAGUGCCCAAAAAGAGGGGCCUGCUGUGUUGCUAGAGGUGGCAGAAUCAACGGGACUUGAAAGGAGCCCGUUGGACGCUUCAAAAAGUGGCUCCGAGGGUUCGAGACGUGCAUGUUUUAGUUUCGAGUACUGCUUAGUCGGUG